CAGUGUGAGGACAGAAAUUCUCAUUUAACUUUGGUCUGCGCAAAUUUUGAAUGAUAAUAUCGAAUCUUCGAAACUUCAAAUGACAAGUUUUUUUUAAUUAAUUUUGGUUAGAAAACGUAAUAAGUUAUGCCUCGUGUUAAAAUUGACUAUGUCGUCAGUUUCAGUAGUGAAGAUCCUGAAAACCAAGCAAAAAAUAUUGUGGAAUGGGAGGUGAGCAAGAAGAAAUGGCUCUGCAGCAAGGGAGAGUCCUCCUGCUCAAUUGUGCUGCAAUUGACCAAAGCUGUUCAGAUAGAAUCCAUCAAUAUAGGAGCACACCAUGCCGCCUCAGUGGAAGUUCUAGUAGGAUUGUCCGAAAAACCUAAUGAGCCCUUUCAGGUGCUGGUCCCGACGUGCAUGCUGCUGUCGCCGAGCGAGUCGCGGCGCGGCGCGGGCGUGGAGCGCGUGCGCUCGUUCAGCGGCGCGCAGCUCGCGGGCGCGCGCGCGCGGCGCUGGGACCGCGUGCGCGUCGUGUGCGCGCAGCCCUACAACAGGCACUGCAAGUACGGCCUGUCGUUCGUGCACAUCCACGAGCCGGAGAGCACGGCGUCGCGGACGUUCGCGUUCGACGCGCUGGCGGCCGACGAGGUCGAGUUCCGGCCGGGGGAGCUGUUCGCGAGCGCGCGGCGCUCGACCGCCGAUUCGCAAAUAAGGCAGGCCUCGAUGGACGCUAUUAAGAAUGAAUCCGACAAGUAUACCAAACUUGUUAAAAUUCCCAUCAAUAAAACGACCGGCAAGGAAUGUCGCGAGGAAGAGGAUUCGCGCUCGAACCGGCAGAAGGAAAACCUCAUGUACACGGACGAUGAUAUAAAGCCUCAUGAUAAAAUCGACCAAGUGGUCCAAAGACAUAGACAACAGAAGGACGAAGAAAAGGUAUCACAAAGUCGAAAGACUGGAGAUAAUCGAGACAAGGAAAAGUUAAAAAUAACUAAUAUAGACAGCAAAAAUAAGAAGACGGUAGACCCACAGAAGCGCGUGCCCGCAGAUUCCUCACCUCGAAACGAAGCAGUCAGGAAAGACACGGGUCCCUCGGAUACAUCCCACUCCAAGAAGCGUAAACGAUCGGACGACGAGCCGGGCCCGCGCCGCGCCCGCGAGGCCGACGUGCUGGCGGGCGUCGCCUUCACGCUGAGCGGCUACGAGAACCCGCUGCGGGCGGAGCUGCGCGGCGUCGGCCUGCGCCUCGGCGCGCGCUACCUGCCCGGCUGGCGCGGCUGCACGCACCUCGUGUGCGCGUUCCCGAACACGCCGAAGGUGCGCGAGGCGCGUGCGUGCGGCGGCGGCGCGGCGGGCGUGGCGGGCGAGUGGCUGCGCGCGUGCGCGGCGCGGCGCCGCCGACUGCCGUGGCGCUGGUUCGCGCUGGACCCGCGCGAGCGCGUGGCGCCGCCCGCCGACUGCCCGCUCGACGGGCCGGACUCCGGCGGCGGCACCGACAUGGACACCGACGAUGAAAUCGAGAAAGUUCUUCAACGUCAACGAAAAAAGAACAAAAUAAAUUUUCCCUCGGCCGACGACGCGUCGAGCUCCCCGCCGGCGACGGACGUCGUGGACGACGCGAACGCGUCCCACGACUCCGACGUGACGUUCGUGCGGGACGAGCGCGUUCGCGACAACAUCACGCUGGACGACUCCGACUCGGAGCAGACGGACCGAGACGAGCCGUCGAUGCGGCCGGAGAGGAUCGAUACGGAAAAAAUAUUACCGCACUUCUUCGAAGGUAUGACUUUUACGAUCUCGAGUGAUUUGGACGCCGAGUACGACCGCGCACUGCUCGCAAGAUACAUUCGCGCCUACGGAGGACUCGUGAUAGAGCCGUCGGCGGCGCUGGCGGAGCGCACGCAGUACCACGUGUGCGGGGGGGAGGCGUGCGGCGGGGGCGGGGGCGGGGGCGCGCUGUGCGUGCGGCCCGAGUGGGUGUGGCGCUGCCACCGCGAGCGCGCGCUAUUGGCGGGCGCGCGUGACGUGCCACAGGCUGUGAUUGGUCCGAUUCGCUCGAAAUAA